AAAAAACGAAACAGCUGACCCUUGAACAGCACCGGUUUGAGUCGCAGGGGUCCACUUACACGUGGAUUUUUUACAACACUGAUCAUUCUGGCUGCUGGCAAAAUACAGAACGUGGAGGGAGGCAGGGGCAAGGAUGGAAGCUCUCCCAAAGGAAGAACUUGCGGCGGGAAGAGCGCGCCCAGGAGUGGGUGGAGGUGAUGAGAGCUGCCACAUUCACCUACAGCCCGCUGUUGUACUGGAUCAACAAGCGUCGACAUUAUGGCAUGAACACAGCCAUUAACACAGGCCCUCCCCCCACUGUCACCAAGACUGAGACUGAGGUCCAGAAUGCAGAUCCUCUGUGGGAGCUGGACAUCCCCGAGAGCAGGAGCUCUGCUGCCCAAGACAGCAGCCCCAAGCCGGAGGUCCCCACCCUGCUACAACCUCCGCUGCAGCCCCUACCUUCCCCCAUGCUGCCAUCCCACACCAGUGACCCAGUUCCGAUUCCCAUCUUUCAGGAGGUACCCUUUGCUCCUUCCCUGUGCAACCUGCCCCCAAUGCUGAACCACUCAGUCUCCUACCCUUUGGACACCUAUCCUGAAAGGAAUGUCCAUUUCCAUUCCCUCCCCACUAUGGCCCAUGGAGACCACUGCUUCAGUACCAAGCCUCUUGCUUCAGAAUUAUAGCCUCCUCUCCAGGGUGGGAGCUGGAGGGACUGGGGGCAGGGCAGGAAAAUACAGCUAAUCCCAGGGAGGUGGGAUUGACACAGAGGCCAGAGCCCAUCUGGAUGUCACAUUAUGAA